UCUCUGGACAUUUUUACAUAUCAGUGUUUCUGGUUAGCGUUAGGUUCGUUUAAAUCCGGUGUUUGCUAUGGCAGAGUUUUUGUUAUUUGUCUUACGGAAGGCUGUAAUUGAAACAUAAUUUUGACGUAUUUCUCUUUAGUGUCUUGUGCCUUAUCUUUGAGGAGGUACACGUUCGUGUCUCAGCUGUCUUGGUUGUCUAACGUUAGCUCACAUUGAGUAAGCUAACGUUAAGUUCGCUGGCAAAUGCCUACGUAAGCAGACGUAAGCAGCAAAGUAUCGUCGCCUAUUGAAUUCACAGUUUUGUAGGGUGUUUUCCCUGUAGUAAUCUGGAUGUCGUUUGGUGCCACUGAACCAGCUGAUUUUCCUGUUUUGAAAGCUAAAAGCUAACGGUAGCCCAAGGCUCACCCAGCUGAGUUUCGCCCUAUUCACUUCAGACAGUCCGUUCACAUCACCAGCUGACAAAAUGAUGGAUUUCGACAAUAUCCUGGACAUUGCCUCUCAAAACCAGGGCCUCGGCUCUGUACCGCAGAAGAGGUACAGCUUACAGGUUGGACCAUCUAAAAAGGACCCAAAGUCAAGAGGUGUGAAUCCUGCUGCUGUGCAAGCACUACUGAAGAAGCGACACAAUGAAAUGAAAAAGAAAGAAAUUGACAUGAAGAAACAGAAGGAAGAGCUACUGGCCAAGAGAGUCGAGCUGAAGUCAGACCGUAAAGCCCGAGCCAUGGCCUCCAGAACGAAGGACAAUUUCAGAGGCUACAAUGGCAUCCCAGUGGUAGAGACUCCUAAGAAGAGAAGAACAAAACAGGAAAUGGAGCAGGAAAGAUCAAUGAACCAGGAAAAAUCUAUGAACCAGGAAAGAUUUAGGAAUUACUCUGUUGACCCAGAGGAUGAUGAGGAUAAUUAUGAGUAUGAACAGACAGAUUCAGAGUCCGAUCAGGAGCCAGAGCCACUGAGACCGGGGAAGCCCUAUGAGAGUGGUAGUGGUAGUAGUAAAAACUCCUUUAAGAAAUCCAGUGGGCCCCCCAAAGGCGCUCCACCUCCCAUAAACUUUGCAGACUUAUUGAAAUUGGCUGAGAAGAAGCAGUUUGAGCCGGUUGAGUUAAAACCGAAGUCAGUGAAAAAGGAAGAGAGGCUGCGUACAGCUGAUGAGAUACGGGAACUGGAGGUGGAGCGACGAGCAAAGAGACCAGACAAAGAUCGAUUUGUAAAGGAAGAGCGGGAAAGGGACCGCAAAUCUCAGUUUAGCUCAGGUUCAAUGAAACAAGGCGGUGUAGAGAAGGAGCAGAAAAUCAGCAAGCCACAAAAGAACUCCCUAGAAAAGCCGAGUCAGCCCAGUGGGGCGGUGAAGAAGUCACACCACAUACAGAGCAGCAAUAAAGGCCACUUUUCCUCCAAGCCAACUAUGAGUGAUAGAGACAGAGAGAGACCCAAAGUGUCCCUCAGUGAUAGAGACAGACCCAAAACAAACAUGUCUGGUUCAUCUGGUGCCCUAAACAGUAAAGUUCCUCAGAAAGCAUCAUCUCAGGUUUUAGCCAAACAAGGGGGCUCUAAGCCCUCAUCUAGCCACAAAUCCAACACCUCAAGUGACCUUAGCUUCAAAAAAGAAAGCUCCUCGUCAACUCAUGGAAGACUUUCUGGUACUCCUGGGAGCCGGCCCUCUGCACCAGCUAUGAUGGGUCAAAAAUCUCAGCAUGGGAGCUCCUCACAGACCAGGCCCAGUCAGGGUGGCUCAUCAAAGCAGGGACCUUCAUUUGGAGGCAAUAGGCCUGGAAAGGGAGACCCAGUAAGACCUGGAAUGAAUUCAGCUGUUAAAUCAAAUGGGAAUUCAUUGAUGAGACAGAGCGACCCUCCUAAGGCAGGGAGCCAACCUCAUGCAAGGCCUGCUGGUGUCCCACAGGCCAGGCCUGGCCAGCCUAGGCAGGGUCAGCCUGUAAGUAGUGGAUCCAGACCUCCAGGGACUGGACCUGGUCGACCUGUGAGUGGCGGACCAGCAAGAUCAAAUGCUAGUAUGGGAUCAGGACCUGGACGAUCUAAGUGCACUGUAGUGUCAGAAACCAUUUCAUCCAAGAACUUUGGAGGCCCCAGACCAGGAGCCCCUCCCCGGCAAGGCAUGCAGCAGAGACCUGGGAUGCCUCCUAGACCUGGGAUGCCUCCUAGACCUGGGAUGCCACAGAGACCAGGAAUGCCACAGAGACCAGGAAUGCCACCAAGACCUAUGAUGAACAGACCACCGGGUCCAAUGUUGCCACCCAUCACCUCUGCUUACAAGAGGAAAUAUGAAGAUGAAGAAGAUGAGUAUGACUCAGAAAUGGACGAUUUUAUUGAUGACGGAGGUGAGGAGCAGGACCUGAUAUCCAGUCACAUCAGGGAGAUUUUUGGCUACGAUCGAAACAGAUACAAGGAUGAAAGUGACUAUGCACUCAAAUUCAUGGAGAGCAGCUGGAAAGAUGUGCAGAAAGAGGAGGCCAGGAGUCUGAAAAUGGCCGUGCAGGAAGACCUGGAGGAGGAGAAAAGAGAGGAAGAAGAGUUCAAACGGAAAAAUGCCAAGAGGAAAAAGACUUCCUGAAGCCUGUUUAACAUUGGGAUUAAAAAUAGAAAAACUGUUCUCUUAAAAGAUGGGACAUUUAGUCUGCUGUCUUUACAGAUGAUGCCUGGAACUAUGUCUGCAAAGGCCCCUGGUCCUCGACAAAAUAUGCACAAAAUAUUUAUGCAUUAAGUUGGUUGUGAUGAAAGGUUCUCAUGUUUCUCCUUCUAUAUUGUGUUUCAUCUGGAUGCUGAAUUUAAACUGUCAACAGACAAAAAAAUCAGAUAAGCAACUGAGUUGCAAAGUAAACUAGGGAUAAGGAAGAGAGUGUUUUUUUUAAAAUACUAACAGCAGCACAGUGUCCAGUGCUGAGAACUAUUUUUGAACAGAAGUUGCAUAUUUUUUUCCACUCUUUGAUUGUAAAGUCAUUGAAAUAUGCAGAAUUUAUUAUCACAUGCUGUGCUGUGUGUUUUUCCUUUAAAGGAUUUGAAAAAAAGAUACUUAAAGGGUUUUAUUUAAUUGUCCAGUUUCUAUUCAUGCUUUUUCAAAGUUUGUCAAUCUUUAAUAAUUAUUCAGAAUGAAAAUUAAGCAUUUUGGUUGCUUACUUAGUCAUAUAGAGAUGAUUUUCUUGUCAUAGCUUGUGUGUAAUAUUGUGUAAUAUAAUUUUUUUAAGUAUUUAAUUUUCUGAAACUAAUUAAAUUGUUGUGUAUGAUGUUCAUAAUGACCAGGUUCAUCUGAGAGCAGAGCCAGUAAUAGUUUGUGUUGUUUAGUGGUCCUUUUCUUUCCUCUUGGCUUUCUGGGAGGGUUGCCUUCACUUUAGAUUCUCCUGAAAAUGUGUGGUAGUUUGUUUUAAAUCUUUACAUACACACCAACAAAGAUUCCAAAAGGCUGAACUGAAGUCAGAAAAUUAAGAAGACUCUCUUAAAGGUUGGUUAUUUACGUGAUUCAGCUUUGACAAACUGAUUUGAUGUGAUUAUCAGUGCUGUUUAUGAAGGCAAGAAAUCCCCUAGCAUAGAAGUCUAACUUUAGCAAGCUCUUAUUGUCUUUAAGUGACUGGCUGACAUGUCAACAUGUCCUGGAGAACUGUAGAUAUGAAAAUAUACAACA